AUGUCAAUGUCUGCUGAAGUGCCUCUUGAUUGUCAAGCUAGAUCUGUAGCAAAGAGGAGAAAGGUCAGCCUAGCUUGCGAAUCCUGCCGCAAUCGCAAGUCCAGAUGCGACGGGAUCAAGCCGCAAUGCCAAAAUUGCGCCCAGCGGUGCGAACGGUGCGUGUACAGGCUGCCAAAUCCACAUUUCGCCGAGACGAAUGAGUACAUCGAAUCUCUCGUGACUAAGAUUGGGGAACUCGAAGGAGAGAUCCGACAUUCGCGGGAUGCAUCCAGAAGGGCAUACCCCACAGAGUUUCCAGGCCAGAAUUAUCUCGAAGACUACGCUGCAAAUCAAGAGUCUGCUCAAAAUUCUGAUAGUAAUACACACAGUGAAGAGGCUCUUGUAUUUGCUGCUGUCAAUGAUCAGCCAAAUUCCGAAUCGGCCCCCACACGAACAGUACUUGUUGACAGCUCCAGUCCUGUCGAUGGAAUGGGAGGUAACAACAUUUGCUCAGAGUCGUUAAAUACGGGCGAGAAAUUUUAUGGAAUCUCUUCAUCAAUGUCCUUUGUGAAGCUGUUUUACAACAUGACCUCCCGCAAUUCUCAUUCUUCGGCCUCUGCUCAGUUCAAUCCGAAAGGAGAAAGAACUCAGCUUGACGAAACUCAGACUACUAAUUCUGCAUCUCAAGCUUCACUUGAAAUCUUUGCUUUAUUGCCCAGAGCAAUAGCGGACCAUCUACUGGACAUAUACUGGAAUAAAGUUUACCAUGUCUACCCAUACAUACAUCGAGCCACCUUUAUGGCUGCAUAUGAGCAGCUUUGGGCUCCUGCGUCGGCCCACAAGCCACCAAAUUGCCCGCGACUUGGAUUGGGGGGUUCUGAGAGUUGUGGGUUCUCGUCAUCAGUUUUUCAUUGCGCCCUCAAUGCAAUGAUGGUGCUAGGUGUUCAAUUUUCCGAUCUGCCCCUUGCCCAAAAGACUAAACUUUCACUCAGCUUGACAGAGAGGGCAAAAAGCCAAUUUGACCUGGAGAUGUUUGAGGAUGGCAAUAUUUAUGUUAUUCAAACUCUUCUCUUGUUGGCUCAGGUAUUCCAAUUCACAACCUAUCCAACAAGAUGUUGGAGCGCCAUUGGUGCUGCGUGUCGUUUGGCCCAAGGUUUAGGUCUUCAUCUUGCUGAAGACAGACUAAAAGACAGUUUCGAACCUGUCGAGAUAGAAUUGAGAAAAAGGAUUUGGCACAGCUGUUCAAUUUUGGAUCUGAUUGUCAGUAUAACACUGGGCCGGCCAGCCUUGUUGCGUCACGGCUCAACUGUCGCAUUGCCAGCUGCUAUCGAUGACGAAUAUCUAGACAAGAACGUUCCACAGCCUCCGGGUCAGAUUUCCACGAUCACCUUUUUUGUCCAGGCUGCUAAAUUGUACACAACUCUCGGCAAAAUAUUUUCUAAGGUUUACGGUGAAAACGAGACCGAAAAGCCAGAUCUUCAGCGAUGUCUUGGAAGCAUUGAUCAACUUAUCGAACUGGACGCAGAGCUAUCUGAAUUUGCCGAAGAAGUACCAGAUGCUCUGAGCUGGACAAAAGAAAGUACAGAAGUUCGACAACGUUCUACCCAACUGGCGCAGCAAUCAAACAUUCUUCGUGCAAGAUAUCUUCACCUGCGCAUCUUGCUCUACCGGCCAUGUUUUACUCACUUUUGUAGGUCAUAUACCUCAAAGAAAGUAAAAAGUUCUUCAAAACGGAAUCGACAACUUGGAUCAGAAGUCAUACCUCUUGAGACGUCAAUUGCGCAGUGCUGUGCUGUGAAUUGUUUGCGAAGUGCGGUCGACCUCGUUGACCUUACUGAGCACUACGCUGCAACUACUGAGUACGGAGCCUGGUGGUAUAGCAUGUAUUACAUCAGGACAGCAGCGCUUGUUAUUCUACUGGCUGAUACUUGUGCACCAUUACGAGACUCCGUUGGUGCAUCAACUUUGGCUUCAUCAUGGCAAAAGUGCCGAAUAUCAUUAUUGCACAGGUUACCACAGGUCACAUUAGUUCAAAAUUGCUUGCAGACACUAGAAAAAAUGUAUGAGCGCGUUCUCAAAAUCCGGGCAGUUUACGGUCAGGCCAGCUUUGGGCUCGUCGAUGAGAUCACCUCAUAUCAUGAUAAUGCACCGGUUUUUCGACGCGCAGAACAUGGUUCUAUGCAAGAAAAUCAAGCUCAAACGUCAUUUGGCAACUUCAGACUUGAAGAAGAUUACAUCCAAACCGAAGAUUAUGUCUGGAAUCUUUUCACUGAAAAUGAAUUUAACAUUGCCGUAGACGAUCACGCCAUGACAUAA